AGGAUUCUUUAUCUAAAAAUUAUAUACCAAUCUUUCAUUCUUAUAUUAUUUUUCUUCUUCUUUCUUUCUUUUUUUUUUCUUUGCUCAAGAGGGAGUUUUGCUUCUACCUACCAACAGUAGACAAACUAAAUGAGCAGACCGUUGAAUUCGAACAAAAAUACAAGACUCAAGUCAACAAGGACGAAGUACGGUUAUAGUGAUUUGGAAUCUACGAAACAACUAUCGGAGACGUCUGGUCUUCAACCUAGUCUUCCUACCUUCAAUAGCAACCCGAAUACUCAAAAUGGAUAUGAAACACUCGAAGGCAAGGUGUCAAGAGAAAUCUCACUUCUUACUUCAAAAUCACUGAAUGAAAAUGACAACGUAGGUUAUGAUAGUAAAAAGUCUCCCAUUCUCAAACCGCAUAUCAAAGAUACACGUGGAAAUCCAAAUCAAUCGGGCAAGAAAUUUGACACAUUGGAUUCAAAGACGAUGACAUCUCAUCAGAAACAACAUUCACAGAACAGCCACAAAACCAAAUUGUUCACACAACCAUUUGUACCACAAUUUCAUCGGCAAUAUGCAUCUCCUACUGGUCGGCAACAACAAUUUUAUAAUGCAUCAGAUAUCAGCUACCAUACAAGCCCUGUUCUUUCCAUUGUUGGUCAUUCACCUGGAUCCACGUAUACUUAUCCACAUAAUGUAUCAUAUGCUUCAUCAUCUCAUCAUGGUCACUAUCAACAUCAUCAUAUAACCAAAUCAACAUCUCCUGGAUCUGUUCAACCUCACUUGUCUCCAACACUAUCAGCACCAUCUGCUCCAAUACCUAUACCUAUUCCUCAAAAUUGGACAAAUCCUAAUGUUCCUCAUUAUUAUGCCGUACCAAGUCCAGGAUUUGAAUCUCAACAAUUACAAUAUCAACAAUAUUAUACUCAGUAUCAAACAUCACCACAACAUCCAUCAGUCUAUGCCAGUCUUCCAAAUCAAUCACUUUCACCACAUCAACCUCAUCCAUACCGUCAACGUGCAUCACCAACUUCACCAUCAAUCCACCACAAUACAACUAGUCCAUUGUAUAACCAUCGAAGUCAACAACCCCAUCAGACGCCGCCAUUGAUCACUCCUCGCGGAAGCAAAGCAAUUCCAAUCAUCAAUCCCAAUACUAUGACUCCUGUUCAUGCGGAUACCAAGUCUGUUUACAUUGAUGCAUCCAGUAAUAAUUCAACCAAUGAAAUGAUGGAAGACAAAUCCCAAAAUCGACAAAAGGAGCCAAUAUUACCAGUGACAUCAAAUCCUUUACAAUUUAUAGACCCUGCUAUUAAGGAACAAGAAGAACGUGAACAACAGGAACUUGAAGAACAACAAAAAAGUGAUGAUCACCAAGAAAUAUCAAAUCAAGUGAAGCAGCAUGAUUCUGAACCAAAUGAAACGGCAGACGACAAGAUUAAUAGUUGUAUUAUAAUCGACGGGGAAAAAACAAAGAAUGAUCCAUUGGAAAACAAUAGUGAAAAGAUGACAGAGGAAACAAGAUCAAUUUCACUGCCAUCUGAGAUCAAUAGUGACUGUAUAUCAACGACAAAGGAAGUAUCUUGUCAAGAAUCAGAAACAAAAUCUCAACCUGAAUCUCAACAUGCCAUCCCUCGACCAUUUGAAGGACAAACUCAAUCUAUAGCACCAAGUGAAAACUCCCUUGAAAUUCCUGACGAUGGCAAACUCGAUAUGGCAAUCCAAGAGUCAACGAUUAUUCAAUACGAUCCUGCUUUUUUGAUGCAAUUUAUGCCUCUCUGCUUGGAAUCAAACGAGGAUUUGUCUUUCUUCCGGAAUGCUAGUGAUAAUGGAAACAACGGCAAUAUGGAACGUCACAAUAGAAACAACAAUGACAAAAGGCAAAACGAUACUAUGGAUCGACAUCUAUUCCAACUCAACGGAAACAACAAUCAUAGUGGUUAUUCUAAUUCGGCACCUGGAGGAAAUGGUACCUUUCAUGGAGAUAUAUCUUUGACACAACAACAUCGGUCACGCGAUAGGAUGGAAACCAUGGGUAAAUUUAUAGGUGGAAGGACACUGACGACGAGGAAUAGCACUAUUGGAAGCAAUUUAAACAACACCAACCACAACAACAAUCAGAACAACAUGAAUAUCAACGUAUCUGGAAACGACUUAUCAAUGCAACGGGAAAGUUCUUUUAAUGGUGGUGGUAACGGUAGAACUCGUAGCAGUGGAUACACUAGCGGUCAUUCAUCAUCCCUAUCAUCUCUUGGACGUAAUGGUGGAAAUCACAACAAGCAUCGACAUCCACAUCAUGAAUUACCUGGUGCUCCUACUAUUCCUUACGAUCAAGUGGCACCAUUGGAAAAAAGCGCCAACAGAUGGGUUCCUUCAACAAUCACCACUGCUAUUGCUGAAGCUGCAGGUGGCACAACAACAACUUCUGAUCAAGGUCUGUUAUCUCAAGAUGAAAUUACUCGCAAAGUGAAGGCUCUCCUCAACAAAUUGACUCUAGAAAGAUUUGAUAGUAUUUCCGACAAGAUCAUUGGAUAUGCAAAACAAUCUAUUAACGAAGAUGAUGGUCAAUCUUUACGGACGGUAAUCCAACUUAUAUUUGAAAAGGCCUGUGAUGAAGCACCAUUUGCGGCUAUGUGGGCUCAAUUGUGUCGAAAACUAUAUGAAUGGGUGCCUCCUGAAAUCAAAGAUGUUAAUAUCAAAGAUAAGAACGGCAAACCUAUUUGUGGGAACCCUUUGUAUUGCAAAUAUCUUCUCAACAGAUGUCAGCAAGAAUUUGAAAAGGGCUGGAAAUCGACCUCUAUUACAACAACAACAGCUACUGAUGAAAAUGGCGAUGAUGAUUCCUCAACAAAUAAAAAAGGUGCCACUUUGGGUGAUAUCAUGAUGACGGAAGAAUACUACAAAGCUGUGAAAAUUAAACGUCAAGGUCUUGGAUUGGUCCAGUUUAUCGGUGAACUCUAUCGACGUGAAAUGCUAUCACAACGCAUCAUGUAUCAAUGCCUCAAACAAUUAUGUGAUGAUGGUGCUCAGGCUCAAGAAGAAGAAGUGGAAUCUUUAUGUAAAUUACUUACAACAAUUGGGGCUGAUAUUGAUCGCGGUUCUCAAACUGCUACUUGGAUCGAUGUCUUCUUCAAACGAAUGAAAAAUGAAAUGUACAAUAGUCCACAUCUGUCAUCUCGUGUCAAAUUUAUGAUUCUCGAUGUGUUCGAUUUACGUAAAAACAAUUGGAUACCCCGAAAAGGCAAGCAAGAUGGACCCAAAACGAUUGCUGAAAUACAUGAAGAGGCCGAAAAUGCGAAACUUUUAGAAAAGGAAGCCAUGAACAAACGACUAGCUGCAACUCGUGGACAAACAGCAACAACAUCAUCCUACAAUACAUCUCGACAAGGAUCAUAUUGGAAUGGCAGCAAACACACAAAGAAAAACGACAUGACUUUAUCAGGAAUGACUUCAGUAUCGGCAACCAACACUGCGACAACUGUAACGAAUGAUAGAUGGAGUACCGUCAGUACUUUCAACAAAAGCAGCACUUCAAAUGGUCGAAACGAAGUUUCCGAUUAUUCAAAUUUCGGCAGGGCAGAACGUGGACGAUCCAGAAAUAAUGUACUAGGACCUUCCUAUAGUCCAUUUGCAAGCUUGAACCGGUCGACUGGUGGACUUCGAACGACAAGACCUUUGGACAAGAAAAAAAGUACUAAUUCUGACAAUGAUGGAUCCAAUACAACGUCAAUAUCUACAACAAACAAUAUGUUUAGCGCAUUAAGCAAUGAACAUUAUGAAGAUCAUUCAACGGAACGGAAGAAACUUACACUACUACCUAAAGGAUCAAAAUCGCAUAUACCAAGUUUUAUGAAUGCCAAUGUGGAAUCCGGCAAAUCAAAGGCAGUCGCCGUAGAAACUAGCGAUAAGAAGGCGAAUCUAGAUAUCACACAACUCAAGAGACGAAUCAAAAAUACAUUGGAUGAAUAUUAUGAAUUGAAUGACCUAAAAGAAUUAUUCGCCAGUACUAAAGAAUUGGAUCAUACCGAAAAGACAAUGGUACUAGCAACACAGUUACUGGACGUAAUAGAGAAGAAGGAAAAACAAGUAGAAGCAGCAGAAAACUUGAUUCCUCAACUUUACAAGGCGCGAUUACUGGAUAAGGAAACCAUGGUCAAAGCGUUUCAAAUAUUUCUGAAUGGAUACGAAGAUCUGGUGAUCGAUGUUCCACAAGCACCUAUUUAUGUUGCUCGUCUUUUGGUUCAUGCCGAUAUUAGUUUAUCUGAAGCUUAUCCACGUGAUGAUGAUGAUGAUAAUGUGAAUCAAGGUCCUCCUUCCUCUUUACAACAAUCUUAUAUAGUCAUUUCACAACAACGAUAGAAAAUUUAAUUUUGACUUCUCCCCUUUCUCUUUGUAUUCUAGAACCAUGUCAUAGUAUCAUCAUUUUGUAUACAUUCUUCUCAAUGAAACAAAUUACUUUAUAUCUCUUUUUACUAUUAACUGUUAUCAAGUCUUGUGAUCUUUUUUUUUUUUAUAUGGUUAUCUUGUCGUUCUUGUUGUUAAAAAAGAAAUAAAAGGUCAGUACCAAUUUGACAUAA